AUGACAUCCAAAUCUCUAUAUAAUGCAGAGAGAACUAUCGAAGAUUAUUUCAACAAACACUGGCAGAAAUUAGGUGCUGAGAAAGCAAUGAAAAUGAAAGAAAUUGAUGACUGGGAGGUGAAUCUUAUUAGGCGGGUUAAAGAACAUGCAUCUAAACAAAGGCAGCAGGCUCAAUUCCAGUUUGACUGCCAGUCACGUGCUCUCGAAAAUAGACGUCACGCAUUUCUUGAAACGUUAGUUUGUCAUGGACGAAAUGGAAACUUGGAUAGAAUUCAACAACUAUUAGAAGAAUGUCAGGCUUUGAAAUUUGAAUUAAUUUCAUUCGAAUAUCCUGAAAAAAAUAUUCCAUUCAUUCGGUCUAUAUCACCAAAAGCAAAUUCAGUCGAAAGUAGCAUUAAUCAAACUGGAGUAAAUUUGCCACCUUCUGGACAGAUUUGUGUCAAUCAAAAUCACACUGUACCUUCUCCACAAGUAACACUUAUCAAUGUAAAGCACUAUAAUCGAGAUGUAGGGGAAACGCCAACAGUUACAACAAAUAUGAACAACAAGAAUGGAGAGCGAUUUCAUGAUAUCAACGAUGAUGAUUCAAACAUACAUAAAUGCCCAACAUGCUUUAUGAUAUUUCCUCCAUCGAUGGUUAAUUCAGAACGUGAUCGACAUGUCAAUGAACAUUUCGAAAGCACAUGA